UUCCCGAGUUGUAGCGAUUUGUUGUACAAAAGCAGUGGCAAGAAGUUUAAAAUUUUCCCUGUCGUGAAUUGAUUCUUUUCGUGAAAAAAUAAGUUCUUGUUUAAGUAGUUCUCCAACAUCAUGAAAUGAUAGUUUACCUUUCGAACCGCGAAGUGGUUCUUUUUGUUUUUUGAUUUAAAAAUUAGUUUUUCAUUUCGAAACGAAAGACCGGAACAUUGCGACCGACCAUCAAUAGCUUCGUUCAAUCGUAGGUAGAAAUAGGUUUCUGUAAACUCGCUGUUCAAUGGGUCUAUGUUUUGGUCGAAACUAGUCAGGUCGUUGUUGAAUGAAACAAGUUGAAAUCGAUCGAAAUUAGUCAAAACCGGUCGAGCUCGGCAGGAGGAUUCGUUUCAUCCUGGUAGAAAUCGAUCGAAGUGGAUUGGGAAAAGACGGUAUCAACUGUCAAUCCAUUUCUACUUGUUUCGACCAGACUUCAUUGAACACACUUAAUAGUGAGAAAGCACCAUGGGCGAUGGGCGCGCUCGCAAUCCCGGUAUACGAUUUCUCGUGUGUUAAACAGAGAAAGCAAUAGCCUUCACUACAAUUUCACUCCGAUUAGCUGUCAUUCUUAUGGAAAUCUGUGUAAGAGUAAAGAGCAAGCUUUAUUCUUUUUAGCAGGCCCAAUCCCAAUUGCCGAAGAUCGCGCCGUAAGAAACUGUAGUGGUCCCUUUCCCGCGCACGGCUCUGGAUACCCAUCAAACAACAACAAAACGUUGCCUUUUCAGCCUUUUGACGUUCUGUCAAGCGGAUUGACAUCUGCGGUGGCUGGUUCGAAAAGUUUGCUUCCAUCAGUGCUUGCGAGGUUUUUCGUUUUGUGUGAGUUUUAUGGUUUCGACUGGAAAUUGAGAAAAUUUAGUGCCAAGGAGUUUGCCGAAGCGAACGAUUUCCUGUUCUUCCGAGGCACCCAACGGUGAUCACGAUUUCGAAACGCAGGAACGAUUCUCAGGGGGCGAGCGGAGACCGUCAGGAUCAUUUUCGGAAACGAGCAAGAGGAACAUUUUCCUCAGCAGCAGGUGCAAAGGGGGAAGGAGGGACAUCUACAACCUCGCCAGUCGGAGCGGGUAGCGCCAUGAAUUUGGCAGAAAACGACCGGAAGAGGGCCAACUUUUCCGCCCUCAGUAAUAGCAACGGGGCCGUCAUCAAGAUGACCACCAACGCUGGAACAGGAAAGCCCGGAGACAUCAAGAAGAUUGUCAUCAAAAACUUCAAACUAAAACCCACACUGCCCGAUAACUAUCAGGAGCACACAUGGCAGAAAUUGCGCGAAGCCGUGGUAGCCAUACAGACAUCGAAACGGAUCGAAUACUCGUUGGAAGAGCUGUACCAAGCGGUGGAGAACAUGUGCAGCCACAAGAUGGACUCGCAGCUGUACGUCAACCUAACGGCCCUCGCGGAGCAGCACGUUAAGGCCAACAUUACUCCCUUUUUGGCGGAAUCCAUCGACAAACUGGUCUACUUAAAGAAGAUGAACGAAUGCUGGCAGUCGCAUUGUCAGCAGAUGAUUAUGAUCCGUAGCAUCUUCCUGUAUCUGGAUCGAACGUACGUGCUGCAAAAUCCGACCGUUCAUUCCAUCUGGGAUAUGGGUCUGGAGCUAUUCCGGGAUCACAUAGCCAUGAACACAUUGGUUCAAGCGCGCACAGUUGAAGGAAUUUUGAUAUUGAUUGAAAAGGAACGAAAUGGAGACACCGUGGAUCGAACACUGCUGAAGAGCUUGUUGCGAAUGCUGUCCGAUUUGCAGAUCUACAAGGAGGCAUUCGAGCAAAAGUUUCUGGUUGCCACCAAGCAUCUGUACCAGUCGGAGGGUCAGGCUAAGAUGGAAGUUUUGGAGGUACCGGAUUACUUGCAACAUGUCGAUAAACGCUUACAGGAGGAGAACGAGCGUCUGCUGCACUAUUUAGACAGCUGCACCAAACAUCAAUUGAUUGUGACCGUUGAAAGACAACUGAUAACGGAACACAUCACCGGUAUUCUGCAAAAAGGUUUGGAUCAGCUGCUAGAAGAAAAUCGACUGACAGAUCUAACUCUACUGUACUCUCUGUUUAGUCGGGUGAAAAAUGGAACCAUAGAGUUGUGUGCAUCGUUCAAUGCCUACAUAAAAAAGAAAGGUCGUACCAUUGUUAUCGACCCGGAGAAGGACAAAUCGAUGGUUCAGGAUCUGCUUGAUUUCAAGGACAAGCUGGACAAUAUAGUCAACAGUUGUUUCGAUAGGAACGAAAAGUUCUCCAACUCGUUGAGGGAAGCUUUUGAAUUCUUCGUCAAUCAGCGGUCUAAUAAACCGGCCGAGUUGAUUGCAAAAUAUGUGGACAUGAAACUACGUGCCGGCAACAAGGAAGCCACGGAAGAGGAGCUGGAACAAAUCCUAGACAAAAUUAUGGUACAGUUCCGGUUUAUUCAUGGAAAAGACGUUUUUGAGGCGUUUUACAAGAAGGAUCUCGCCAAACGAUUGCUGGUCGGCAAGUCGGCAUCCGUCGAUGCCGAAAAGAGUAUGCUGUCCAAAUUAAAACAAGAAUGUGGUGGUGGAUUCACCUCGAAGCUGGAAGGCAUGUUCAAGGAUAUGGAACUCAGCAGGGAUAUUAACAUAGCGUUUAAGCAGCACAUGGCAAACUCGGAAAACAAAGACCUGCAGAACUUGGACCUGACGGUGAACAUCUUGACGAUGGGUUUCUGGCCCACCUAUCCGGUGAUGGAGGUCACGCUGCCGCAGGAACUGCUGAUCUACCAGUCGAUCUUCAACAAAUUCUAUCUGGCAAAGCACAGCGGCCGGAAGCUACAGUGGCAACCGACCCUGGGUCAUUGUGUGCUGAAAGCUCGGUUUGAUGCGGGACCGAAAGACCUUCAGGUGUCGCUAUUCCAGGCCCUGGUGUUGGUGCUGUUUAACUAUAACGCAACGAUUUCAUUCGAAGAAAUAAAGGCUGGCGUGAAUAUAGAAGAUGGUGAGCUUCGUCGUACGCUGCAAUCUCUUGCCUGCGGAAAGGCUCGUGUUCUUACUAAAAUUCCGAAAGGUCGGGAAGUGGAAACCACCGAUAGGUUCCAGUUCAACAAUGAGUUUACAAACAAACUUUUCCGAAUUAAAAUCAAUCAGAUCCAGAUGAAGGAAACUACUGAAGAACAGAAGGCCACGGAAGAACGAGUCUACCAGGAUCGGCAGUACCAGAUCGAUGCUGCCAUUGUGCGUAUUAUGAAGAUGCGAAAAACGCUGAGCCACAAUCUGCUCAUCAGUGAGCUGUACAAGCAACUGACUUUCCCGGUUAAACCUGCAGAUUUGAAGAAACGUAUCGAAUCGCUGAUCGAUCGGGACUACAUGGAACGGGACAAGGAUAAUCAGAAUCAAUACAACUAUGUCGCCUAAAGCAGCAAACCUCAUCUAGAAGUGCAUAGUAGCAACAAUCACAAAACAGUGCGAUCCCUGGCACGGCUUUACCGUGCUCCACGUGUGUGAGCCUGAGCGCGUGAAAGAGUUUAUUUUCGAGCGGUCGAGUAUACUGUAGUGUACGAAGGAAGAAUGUUUCCACGAUUGUUCGAUGAUUUUUAAAAAGCCCCCACAUACAUCUACAGACAAAAAACGACAGCUAAUUUAGGCACAUAGAUAUUCGGUAACAAAAUAACAGAGAAAUGAAACGUACUGGUAAGAAAGAACCCUCCCCGACGUCCCCCCGGAAUGCUGGUGGAAACAAAUUGAGAUGCAACCUGGUGAUGCAAUAAUGAUCGUCGCCGUUGCUUAGCUGAAGUACUACAACUAGUGAAACCCCCUCUUUAGAUCGUCGAUUGCAACUUGUAUGAAGGAAACAAUAUCCUACUUUAAAUAUUCUCUUUCUUUUGUAAAUAGUUUGAACAUUGAUUGCUAGACGUUACUAAUAGAAUAAACGAAAUAAAAGCAAACAAAUCUGUACUAGUAGGGCGCAACAACAACAGCAAGAUGAUUUUGUUUUGUCGCUUAUCAAUUAAUGAAGGAAAUCGAUGGUUCCCCACACAAACAAAUGAUUCGAAAGUUAAUAACAUCUUACAGCUAAAUUUCAGAUACCAGCUCCAAUCAGGUGGACAGAUUAACGCAGAGAGUGAACUAUUGAUAAGUUAAAUAA